AUGCCCAACCUUCACAUGAGCAUUGCUGACCUGAUAGCCUAUGAUACGAAGGAAGAUGAAGCCUACGCAGACUAUAGGCGUCGCACGGCGCGCGAAGCACGGGAGCGUGAUCAGCAAAGUAUCGACGAGUUGCGUAACGUAGUCCCCGAUGAGAGCGAAAAGGGCUCUUUACUCGACAUAGAGAACUACUUUGCUACCGAAGCGGACCUUUCCAAUGUAGUACCCGGAACCCACGAUAACAACCCUUCCGAUGGCAAUCUUCUGGACUUUGACGACGAUUGCGUAGAUGAUUACUUGGUCAUGUUCGAUGAGCAGCACUCCAAUGACUACUCGGUGGCUGUUAAGUAUCCAACAAAGCUCGGGAUCAAUUACCGCACCAGGUCCCGGCGUGAUAAAGAAGCAGAAGCCAUCAAGGCACGGCUUCGCACCAACAGGUUAGCAAAGAAUUAUGAAGAAGCAGAUGAUUCGACGUUUCUAGUUACCCAUGGUCGCCAGUGGAAGGUUUCGGAAAUAGAGAGGCUCAUAGAUCUUGUCCGCAGAUUUGGGAUCAGCUUUGAUCCUAUUGCCAUACACUUUCCAACGCGCCCUAAGCGAUGCAUUACGGCGUACUUCAAGCGGCUCUACAAGAGCAGGCACAGCGGACUUCUCAGAGCGCUGGACGAGUUUAACUCCCGAAUGAGCUCUCUAAAGGAGCAAGGCCCGGACUCUAGCGCUGGGAAUGACUGCUUCCAGGAAGAGAUCCAGCACAUAAAUAGAUUAUUGGCCUAUGAGCGGGAGUGUCGAACGAUAACUAUAAACUCCGAAGAUAGCUUUCCCGAUGCGGUGCCUGGCCUAUCUCAAGACUGUGACCUCCGUGCUACCCGCACAACUGAGCAGUCGACAACGAACUCUACCGUGGCGGAUAGCCAACCGGCCAGUCACUUUGAUAUACUCGCGGAAUUCCUUGAUCUGUAA